ACUUCCCAUUUCUUCUUCCUGGAUGACCUGCUGAAUGACGAGGCUGACGACUAUGAGUAUGAUGAUGAGUACACGCAACUGGAGCAAGACCUCUUCCACCAGCAGCAGUCCUCGGAGGACCCUGACUGGUUUGAGGCAUAUUUUGGCUACAGCGAUAUCAGAGAAGCGGACCCAUGCUCCUCCAACCCCUGCAAGAACAACGGUAGGUGUGAAAACAGAGGAAGCAGCUUCAGCUGUCUCUGCCCCAAGCCGUAUGCUGGGACUACAUGCGAGGAAGUGAAGGACAUGUGUUUGGAGAAGAGGUGCCACGGGGGAGACUGCCUGAUUACAUUAACCCCACCUUAUUUUCAGUGCAGCUGCAAUCACCCCUACAAGAUACCUGACUGCCAACGAGCAUCUUCACCAUGCAAACCAAACCCGUGCAAAAAUGGAGGUAUCUGCAUACGGCACAGAAUCAGAUCAAAAUUCACCUGCGAGUGCCCUGAGCCUUUCAGAGGGAGAUUCUGUGAGAUCGGACUGGAUGAUUGUUACGAAAAGGCCUCCUCUGAGUACAGAGGAAGAGUGAACCAAGCAGUGAAUGGCAAGACCUGCCUGCAUUGGAAUUCCCACGUUCUGUUGGACUACCCUUUUAAUUCCUUUAUGGAGGAUGCUGACUUUUAUGGCAUUGGUGAACAUAACUUCUGCAGGAAUCCCGAUGAGGAUGAGAAACCCUGGUGCUACAUCAGAAAAAAUCACAAAGUGGAAUGGGACUUCUGUGACAUUUCACCCUGCUCAGGUACAGUUGAAGAGAGCCCAUGGCCAACAGACAGCUCAAUAGACCCACCUGGAUCAAAUGAAAUGUUCGAAACAUGUGGACAACCAGAAGUUCAAAGCACACUCAAGAAGAUCUAUGGUGGAGCUAAGACUACAGCUGGCAAACAUCCCUGGAUGGCAUCUCUGCAGAUUAAGACUUCAAAAAGGAGCAGACAUUUUUGUGGUGGAGUGCUAAUUAAAGCAUGCUGGGUUCUUACUGCUGGGCACUGCAUUCAACAACCAGCAGAAAAUCUCCAAGUAGUCCUUGGAAAGCAAGACCUCAAGAAGAGAGAACAUCAAGAGCAAAUAUUUGAUGUGGAGAAGACCAUCGUGCAUAACAAAUACAGAGAGAAGGAUGGCGUCCCACACAAUGAUAUUGCCCUACUUAAACUGAAGCCAGUUAAUGGUCACUGUGCAGUGGAAACAAAGUAUGUGAAAACAGCAUGUCUGCCUAACUUCUUCUUUCCCGUUGGGACUGACUGCUUCAUUUCUGGAUGGGGCGAAACAGAGACAGAUGAAGUAUCUCAUCAGCUGUUAGAUGCCAAUGUCAAGCUGAUUUUGCAGAGGAAAUGCAAUGCACCCGGAGCAUAUGAUCACAUGCUGGAUGAAAGCAUGUUUUGUGCAGGAAGUCUUCGGAGACCCAGAGCUGAUUCUUGUCAGGGAGACUCCGGAGGCCCGCUAACUUGUGUAGAAAACGGCUCCUACUAUGUAUAUGGCCUUGUGAGCUGGGGUGAUAAGUGCGGGACAAAGAAGCCAGGAGUUUAUACCCAGGUGACAACAUUUCUCAAUUGGAUUAAAUCCAAAAUUAGGUCUGAGUCAAGGUCACUUCAUUAG